AUGCUUAAUUCUCUUCGGGGGCCCUCCAGGGCCCCUUCCCUGGACUAUCUGGAGUUCGAGUCCCCAAACGCCCAGCUGCCUGCACAGGAAGCGGGCCGCAGAGCAACUCACAGGACACCCAAAAGUGGACAGGCUCCAGUUGGCCGCGAAACACCGGCAUCAAGAGGCCACGGAGCGCCUUCCCAGCCUGAUACCAACCAUACGGUGCAUAAUCUCCUCGAAGAUCUGUUAGUUCGCGGCCUUUCGGUAACAGUGGGUCUGCAACCAGGGUCUCCUGCAGGUCCUGCGCUCGGCCUCAAGCCUGAGGGCGUCGUGCUGUAUUUGCCCUUGGUGAGAGAGUGCCAGGGGCCCCCGAAGCUGCACGUGCGCGUAAACCGGGGCGAGGCCCCUGGAACCAAGCCACUUCAAGUCUGUCUCUCGAACUCCACAGUCUCAUUUUGUACAGAAUGGGGCGCGUCGAGCUGCAUAGCAGCCUCCGAGCAGGGCGUACGACACCGCAAGUUUGUCGAGACGCUUCCUGCAGGGUAUUCCUCGUCGGCAGUGGCGAGCACUGCAAGUCAGAUAACAGAGCCCGCAGUUGCAGGCUCCUGCAUUGUUCAGCUCAUCUCUUCUUGCGGGUCGCUCCUUUGCUUUAAGGCUGACUCGACAGCCCCACUGGAAAAUCAGCUCGCACAUGACGUCCUCUGCAUCUUCAGGGCCUUCGACUUCGAUACAACUAGGCUCUAUGGGUGUCUCUGUGCUGCUGUAAAGGAGGCACCAGCCCACAGCCAGUUUGAGGACGUCCUCAACUCCUUGCCACUCUUUGCCCUGAAAACGGGCUGCCCUUCUGCUGGAGAGAAUGGGGUCUUCAAAGAGGCAACCGCGGCGCCAGGCACAACGGCAAAGAUACGAGCAGGAACGCUUGCAAGAACUGCAGAGGAUGGCGUCAAGGAGCGGCACGCGCUUAUCUGCGCCUUUCGUCGGUUUGUAUUUUCCGCAAAAGAGAAAGGACCUGUGAUCGCCUCUGGAAUCGCCUCUGGAGUAGAAUGUCCCAGCGAGGGCUCUUCUCUGGGCCUUGACACCACUGUACCCUCCGAAGCCACAGCUGCCGUUGCGUCCGUUUGUGGGGAGGCCUCAGAGCGCUGCGUGAAGCCGAGGCAAGACAACCUCAACAUUCGUUUAGACGCUAAUGUGCUAACGAAAGCGCUGAACCCCUAUGCGGCCCCCUUUGUUCCAAGAACCCCGUUCUCAACAUCGGGGACGUUCUGUGGAUAUACACUUCUCAAGUCGAGUCACAGUGCAGAGGGUCACUGUGAGGGCACCACCGCAGCAGCAACCGCACAAGCAGACGUGACACGAGCGCCGGCAGUACCAAGCAAAGCAGCGGAAGGAAAUACAACAAAUGCCUCCCCUAUUCCUAUGCAGCAUCUAGAUUCGUUUAAAGGGUCUCGAGGUGACAGCCAAGGAAGCCCCAAACAACUACUAAUAGGCCCCCAAUAUGCUGGAAAGUUUCAGCGAUGCAAAAAGUCGUCUUCCGCUACUACCCAGAGGGUCCCCAAGCUAGAGGUCCCAGGAUCUUUGCGGGAUACAAUUCCCGCUAUGCAAGAACAGGAAAGCAGGCAACAGCAACAAUAUCAUCAGACAAGCAAGCAGCGCCAUCUGCAGCAACUGGGACUACAGAGCAUAUCAUGGAGGCGUCGGUCGCAUUCUGCACCCUCAGGGAGCCCAGGAUCAGCGGCAGGAAAGGCAAAGGCCCCGUCAAAGGAGCGUCAAUACACCCCAUCUGUUAUGCUGGGUCUGAGGAAACAUUCUCUGCGGUUGCAGCAGCCUUGCAAGGCCUUUCACUUCGUGCUGCAGCAGCAACAGCUACAACGCGGUCCAGAUGAGCCCCCCGUGACGUCCUUCUCGCCUAAUGCUGUACCUGCUACGGCUGGAGCAGCGGCCCCUCAUGCGUGUUCUUCCCCAGCCUUGGGGGGUGCAGUUACCCCAUGCCUUUCGAGGCCACAAAACCACGAGAUGUUCUGUGCGCCUCCCCCGCCACCUCUUCCUCGUCGACAAGAGGGUCAACUACAGCACCGACGAGGCCACCAACAGCAGCUAAAGAAGGGACAGCCGUCUGGCUGCUUGGGAGGAUCCUGGGAUGGUUUUGCCAAUGCGGGACCCCUCCUGCCUCUUCCGAAGGUUGCGCCUUCGGGUCCCCCUCUCCUACCCACCCCGAGGGGCCCCCCGAUUGCAGCUGUCCCCUUCCAUCAGCUUGAGCAGGGAGGAUUGAUGACGAGCUAUUGGGGCUCUGCUGGCCCAGGGCCUACAGGAGCAGCAACCCAUGGUGGAGUUACUUGGAUCCCAGGGUCUACCGGGGCUGUUGGUGGACCGCCAGUGAGGCCGUUACUGUGCUCCCCUAUGCACUACGAUGGAAUCAGAGCUCCCCUGCAAACAGUGCUGUUGCAACAGCGUGAUCUAUUGCAACAGCAGCUGCAGACCCAACUGCAACAAAGGCUACUGUUGCAAGGGGUCCCAUCUGCUGUCUUUCCAGAGAAACCCGGUCCACCCAACCCCGAACAUCUUCGCAGGGCUACACGAGCAUCAAAAUCUCCCCGAAAGGGCAUAGGUUGCCCUCAACAGCGAAGACAGAAACAAGUUCAGCAGCAGCAGCACCAGCCACUACAUAGCCAGGAUGCAAGCAACAAGAUGACCGCGGGCGAACGAAAUGACCCCUUGCCUAGGGCUUUCCCUUUGUCUAACGAAGCAGCACUUCAGAAGCUGCUAGGGAUGGUCACCUCACUGUUGAUGUCUCGUUCAGGAUGUAAGGAACUACCGCCGCAGCAGCAGUAG